AUGUCAGGAGGCCAGCGGCCAUCUCAGCACGGCCAGCGCUCUGUGGCGGGCCUGGCCAAGCCGGCGGGUCCGCAGAGCGUCCGGCAGCUGAGGGAGGCCGAGGAGGCCGCGCCGGUGUUCCAGUACGCGGGGAAGGCGGCCAAGCGGAAGGACCGCGUCUUCGUGUGGGGCUUCUCCUACUCGGGCGCCCUGGGCGUCCCCAGCUUCGUGAAGCCGGACGUGAGCUGGAAGAAACCGCGGCGCAUCCAAUCCACGCCCUACCGCCUGGAAACGGAGGAGAAGAUAUCCUCUGCUGCCUGCGGUUACGGAUUCACACUGCUGUCCUCUAAAACCACAGACAUCACCAAAGUGUGGGGCAUGGGACUUAACAAGGAUUCCCAGCUUGGAUUCCAGAGAAGCAUAAGAGAUCGAACUAAGGGCUAUGAAUAUGUCUUGGAACCAUCUCCAAUUCCAUUGCCGCUGGAGAAGCCGCAGCAGACUCGAGUCUUGCAGGUGUCCUGUGGGAGAGCCCAUUCCCUGAUCCUGACAGAUAGCGAAGGAGUUUUUGCAAUGGGGAACAAUUCUUAUGGACAGUGUGGCCGGAAGGUUGUUGAAGAUGAAACUUACAGUGAAAGCCAUCUAAUUCAUCAGCUGAAGGAGUUUGACAGCAGAGUUGUUCAGGUUGUGUGUGGGCAGGACCACAGUCUGUUUAGAACCAAGAAGGGUGCAGUCUAUGCAUGUGGAUGGGGAGCCGAUGGACAAACAGGUCUUGGACACUACAGCAUCACCAGUGUUCCUACUAAGCUAUGCGGUGACAUUACUGGAGUAAACAUUAUCCAGGUCUCUUCCUAUGGGGACUGUUGUCUGGCUGUUUCAGAUGAAGGAGAUGUCUUUGGUUGGGGAAAUUCAGAAUACUUGCAGUUAGCAUCUGUCACUGAAACCACACAGGUGAAUGUUCCCAGACAUUUGCCGUUCAAGAUUGGGAAGGUAAAGGAGGCUGCGUGUGGAGGGACUGGCAAUAUGGUGCUUACGGAAGAAGGAAAUGUUUUUGUCUGGGGAUAUGGAAUUCUUGGGAAAGGACCAAACCUAAUAGAGACAGCAGUGCCAGAGAUGAUCCCACCCAGCCUUUUUGGCUGCUCAGACUUCAGUCCGGACAUCCGUGUUGCUCACAUUCGCUGUGGACUCAGCCAGUUUGCAGCACUUACAAACAGAGGAGAACUGUUUGUAUGGGGCAAGAAUCUAAGAGGGUGCCUGGGAACUGGAAGAAUGGAAGACCAGUAUUUCCCAUGGAGGGUGACUGUACCCGGUGAGGUGGUGGAUGUUGCCUGUGGAGUUGAUCAUAUGGUAAGCAUGGUUAAGUCUUUUACCUAGUAAUAUUGCUGGGCCUCAGCACGGUGCUAACAAGACGGGGGGACUUGUUGACGAGCUUCUUGGAAAGGAAGACUCAUCCCAUGAAGCCAGACAAGGAGUGACUGUGAGCAGAGACAGCCAUAGCAGUGCCCGGGUGCGUUGUCACCUCUGCAUCGUUGAAACUCUCUGGCCUGGCUCCAGGAAGGAAGUACGUUCCCUGAGGAGAGUGGAAGUGCUCUGGCACAUUCAUGAUGAGAUCCUGAAGAGUCUGAGGCCCAGCCCAGAGCUGGUGAGUACCUCUGUGCCUAAGGAUGAGGAGCAUCUUCCUCGGGGAAGACUUGGCACGAGAUGCAGUCUGUAGCACAGGACACUCAUUUAUGGACGCUUUCCCUGUCACCAGCUCUGAGCUGUCAGCAUUGGACUGAGCCAAACUAUUUCUCAAGGGAAAGGUGGGUUUUUUUUAAUAACUAUUUUUUAUGUGGAAGAAAAACCAUGCUGGUCGUUGGAGCCCAGCGCAGCUGUCCUUAGUGGCCACCACAGCUGCACUCUGCGCAGACCACUCUCCAUGCAGAAGCUGGGUGUGCAGCCCGCGGCCUGGAGGCAGUGGUGUGCUCUCAUCCCAGGCUGUGGCCGGCUUUCCCUGGGGGAUCUAAAGGCUAAAUGCCCAAGGAAUGUCUUUAUUAAACUGGAAGAGUGAGAACCAGUGUGCAGGGCAAAAGUACUGUUAAGUAAGACAGCAUGGAAAGGUAAAUCAUAGGCUGUCUGUGCUGCCAUUGCUGUGGAAGGACAGAUGGAGGUAGGCUGGAAGCAAAGCUCCCUCUUGGCUCCCUGCAGGGUCGGUGCUCAGGCAGGGGAUGUGACCAGCACUCACUGCUCAUCACCUACUUUUGUCUUCAUGUGCUGAUCACAAAUCACUGCCUUUGAUUUUUCUGGAAAAUCUCCAGGGGUAUGGUGGCUCUCAGCUGCAAGGAGCCCUUUUAAAUUAGCCAGGCUUUUAGUAGUGCCUAGCAGGGGAAGGAGUCUUAAUGGGCAAGAGACAGAGUCUUGUUUCUUGGAACCUUCUUAGCAGAAAAGUUGUGGUGAGCACAUUUAGAACACAGUAAGCUGAUGGAGAUGGGAUGCAACAACUGUAUGUACCUGAAUCUCACACUGAAAUGUGGGAAGCUGUCUUAUGAAAUACUCCAAACAUCAGGCAGAUGUUUAUAUUAUUUCUGUGUGGCAUACUUCUACUGUGUAAAUUAUUUUGGUAAAAUCUGAGCUAAUACGGUUUUAAUAAAGUGAUUAUAAAGUCUU